AUGGCGGCAUCAGCCCUGGACCAGGAGCGACAACUUGCCAUCGACCCAAUCGUCGGCACCAGCGUCCAGCACAAUACCCAGGUUGUCUCCAACAUCCGUAGUCUCACUGCAUCGCUCUUUGGUGUCGCCGCCGGCACAUUAGGCCUCGAGUCGUAUGCGGGCUUCAUAUUCUAUCUGCUGGGCUCGCUAGUGGUGUCGGUGCUGCUCUUUGCGCUCAAGACAGAUGGCAAGCCAGGCGCAUACUUCUAUCGGCCACUGGUGCUUGAGGCACGCUUAAACCAGGCCAACGUCCUAAAGAAGGUCGUCGACGCUAUCAAGGACCUCGUGCAGGACUGCAACUUCGAUUGCAAUGACUCGGGUAUCGCGCUCCAAGCCAUGGACAACUCCCACGUCGCCCUUGUCUCUAUGAUGCUCAAGUCCGAAGCCUUCUCGCCCUUCCGCUGCGACCGCAACAUCGCUCUCGGUAUCAAUCUGGGAUCCCUUACAAAGGUGCUUCGUGCUGCUGGAAGCGACGACAUUCUCACCAUCAAGGCCGAGGAUGCGCCAGAUGUUGUCAACCUGGUCUUCGAGACCAAGAGCGCAGCCAGAAUCAGCGAAUAUGACAUUAAGCUCAUGGACAUCGAUCAGGAGCACCUGGGUAUUCCAGAGACGGACUACGCGGCCACAAUCACUCUGCCUGCUGCUGAGUUCCAGCGCAUUUGCAGAGAUUUGGGUGCAUUGUCCGAGUCGGUUUCAAUCGAGUGCACCAAGGAGGGCGUCAAGUUUGCGUGCUCUGGCGACAUUGGUUCGGGUUCCGUCAUCCUCAAGCAAGACCCUAGUCUCGAAAAGGAGUCUGAGGCUGUCCUGAUUGAGAUGAACGAGCCCGUCUCCCUUACCUUCUCGCUGAAGUACCUAACCAACUUCUGCAAGGCCAGUGGCCUGUCUGACUCAGUCAAGCUUUGCCUUUCUAGUGAGGUGCCUCUGCUGGUUGAGUACGCUCUCCAGGAUCAGAGCUACCUGAGGUUCUACCUCGCACCCAAGGUAAGAACCCACUUCUCACUGUUACAUCCAUGGGUGAGUCGCGUGCCGUCGCGAUACAUGCAACUCACUGACAUUGAGCUGAGCUAUGUCGGGAAUAAAAUGGCCACUCUUGUCAUGCAAUCGCUAGGUUGCGACGUAUCCGCAAUCAACACGGUACAUUAUAGCAAUCACACGGCAUACAAGCAAAUCAAAGGCACCAAAACAUCCGCGACCGAGAUCCUCGACCUUUACGAAGGACUGCGUCAAUCAAACCUCACCAACUUCGAUGUACUCCUGACAGGAUACAUGCCCAGCGCCGAGGCCGUGCAAGCAAUAGGGACGAUUGGCAGGGAUAUCAAGCUCAAUGCUGGCACGAAGCCUGGCAGCUUCUUCUGGGUGCUCGAUCCUGUCAUGGGCGACAAUGGCAAGUUGUAUAUUCCAGAAGAUGAGGUGCCAGAGUACAAGGGGCUGUUGCGCGAAGCAGAUCUCAUUCUCCCGAACCAAUUCGAGGCCGAGCUACUGUCUGAUACGCCCAUCACUGAUCUCAAGUCCCUUGCCGCUGCGAUCCAAGUCCUUCACAAGACCUACCAGGUCCCUCACGUAAUCAUCACGUCCCUUCGCUUGACGCGCGACAACCAGACUAUACCCUCAAGACCGGUGUCAAAGUCUGGCACAGGCACGAAUACUCCCUCGGACCCUCAGCAUCUCGAUUCAGCAACAUCCCAACCAGGUCCACAAUCCCAAGCGCCGCAGAUCGACCUCCACGAUAUCGAAAACCUUACCAUCAUUGGCUCCACCGCAACCUCGGACUACAAACCGCGUCUCUUCCGCAUCGACACCCCGCAACUACCUCUCUUCUUCUCAGGGACAGGAGACAUGUUCGCAGCGCUGACAAUUCCCCGUCUGAUUGAAGCUGUACACGAUGCUUCUACGCCUGAGUUCAAUCUUCAUGCGAAAUCAAGUUGGCGGUCACCCGACCAUGUGUCGGCUGAGGAACUUCCUUUGGCGAAAGCCUGCCAGAAAGUUCUCGCGUCUAUGCAAGCCAUACUCACGCGCACAACGUCGGUCUGCCAGCAGAAGAUGGCUGCAUAUGAUGCUCGCGCUGCAAAAGAGGGCCGUGGUGAAGGGGACGAGGCGGAUGAAGAGAUUAGCAAGAAACGUCAUUUGGCGCUCAUGAAUGCUAGUGAAGUCACAGUGCCGCGGUAUGUGAAGGAGAUGUUGGAUCCGCCGGAUCUUGAAAGGUUCAGGCCACGGACAGUGUACGAGGGCGAAAGUGUGCCUGACCAUGUUGGCGAGAGGAUGCCUGACGAGUUGAAUGUGCUGCAUUUGGGUGUUGGAACGAAGGACGGUGGUGCGAUGCAGGUACUACAGGAGGGCAAUCAGGGCAAAGCCGUCGGGGAGGGCAAGAGUUCAUGA